AUGGCUGCCGCUGCACUUUCGCUAGUGACUGUCUUGAAAGGACACAACGGCAGCGUUUGGAAUGUAGCCUGGCAUCCGAAAGGCAAUAUCCUGGCCAGUUGUGGCCAGGACAAAUCCAUACGAAUAUGGGUUGAGGCCGGCGAUUCUUACGAGUGCAGAUCAGUAUUGGACGACGGUCAUCGACGGACAGUGAGAAGUAUCGCGUUUUCUCCAUGUGGUCGUUACUUGGCUUCAGCUAGUUUUGAUGCAACAGUUGUAAUAUGGGAGAAAAACGAGCAAGAGUACGAAAUUCGCACUACCUUAGAAGGACAUGAAAACGAGGUGAAAUGCGUUGCUUGGUCACCAAGCGGUCAGUACCUAGCAACUUGUGGUCGCGACAAGUCAGUGUGGAUUUGGGAAGUUGACGAAGACGAAGACUUCCAGUGCUCAUCAGUUCUCUUGGACCAUUCUCAAGACGUCAAGUUCGUUGCCUGGAUGCCAUUAGAGGACGUAUUGGCUUCGGCGAGUUACGACAAUUGCAUCAAUUUUUAUAAAUUUGAUGGAGACGACUGGCUUCUCGACCGUAAAAUUACUGCCCACGAAUCGACCGUGUGGGGGAUCAGUUUCACUGCCAGCGGUUCUCGGUUCGCCAGCUGUAGUGCUGAUGGAACCGUAAAAGUAUGGGAAAAAUCGUCUUCCAUUGUCGCUGAUAGAGGCCACGAGUGGCAGUGUGUCAGCACUAUCUCCGGUUACCAUAGCCGCCCAGUCUACAGUGUCAGUUGGUUUCCAUCUGACAACGUGAUAGCGACAGCUUGCGGUGACAACGGCAUACGGCUUUUCAAACAAAAUGUGUCAUCCGCUGAUUCCACAGUCACUUUUGAUCCGCUGGUUAUUAUGGAAAAUGCCCAUGAACAAGACGUCAACUGCGUAACAUGGAACUUUCAAAGAGACGGCCUGCUAGCCAGUGGCAGUGACGACGCCAUGGUGAAAGUGUGGAAGUUCACUGUUUCCUGA